AUGCCUUCUAACGAUGCUAUGAUUGGUCGUGUAUGUACGACCUUCAGCGAUGCCUUUGCGAAGGAUGAGGCGACGGCACGCGAGCAGGGAAAGAAGUAUUGGAUCACCCGCGUGCUGGGCUCCGGCGCCACAGGCACUGUCCUCUGCGGGAAGCGGGUGUCGGACGGGGAGUCCUUCGCAGUGAAGGUGGUGGACAUGGAGGGCAUGUCGGAGGCCGACAAGAACCGUGCCCAGGCAGAGGUCCAUUGUCUGCUGAGCUGCGAUUUCUUUUCCAUUCUUAAGUGUCACGAGGACUUUGCAAAGAAGGAUCCGAAGAAUGAGGAGAAUGUGCUGAUGAUAGCACUCGUACUUGAUUACGCAAAUGCUGGGGAUCUCCGCCAGGAGAUCAAGAGUCGUGCAAAGGCAGCACGUGCUUUUCGUGAACAUGAAGCAGGUCUGUUGUUUAUUCAGGUUCUUCUCGCCCUGCACCAUGUUCACUCACGUCAUAUGAUCCAUCGUGAUAUCAAAACCGCAAAUAUUCUGCUUUGCAGCAAUGGUCUUAUCAAACUUGGUGAUUUUGGUUUCAGCAAGAUGUACUCUGCCACUGUGUCGGAUGAUGUUGGAAAGACCUUCUGUGGCACUCCGUACUAUGUUGCACCAGAGAUCUGGCGACGCAAGCCCUACAGCAAGAAAGCAGACCUGUUUUCCCUUGGAGUGCUACUGUACGAGCUACUGACCUUAAAGCGACCCUUUGAUGGUGGAAAUAUGCAGGAAGUGAUGCGGAAAACUCUAACUGGUAAGUAUGAUCCCCUUCCCUCAACCAUUAGUCCUGAAAUGACAGAAAUUGUAUCGUUGCUUCUUAGUGGGGAUCCACGGGCUCGGCCUUCCAGUAGUAAACUAUUAAAUAUGCCUAUUUGUAAGCUGUAUCUUUCUGUUGUUAUUGAGAUUGUAGGGGGACUUGACUCUCUGACUUCAGAAGAAAAAGAAACUAUUGUAGGUCAUAUUAAGACAACUAAAGGAGAACUUCAUGCCUUGCGGAAGUCUAAGAGUAAGCGUAUGGAAGAUUCUGGAGCUGUUACUGUAUCAACAGCAUCCGCUGUUUCUACAACAUUACUCGAAGGGACAUGUGGAAUAAAAGAUGUCGGUGAUUUCACAGUGUACGAAGGUAUUGUGAAGAAGCAGAGUGGAGACCACGUAUGGAAGAAACGUUAUAUGUGCAUACGUGCUGAACUUGACCCCAUCGCAUCUAGUGAAAUGAAAAAUAGGAAGUUUACCAAAAUUCAUCUUGUGCAAAGUAAAACAAAGGAGGCAAUGGAUCAGCAAUGUAUCGUAACUUCCUUUACUGAGCUUGAAGACGUGUUUCCAGUUCCAAGUAAAUACACUGGCUCUGGAGGACAGCACGUAUUUGCAGUGGCUUUUAAGACCGGAAAACGUUUACUCUUUGCAGCUCGAGAUGAAAUUCAGAGAGAUGAAUGGAUGGAGAAAAUGCAGGAAGCAUUGGGUAUAGGCGAUGAGGAGUAA